AUGGCUCCCGCUGCCUCAGAGAAACCUCAAUUCCCGGUCACCGUCGACCUCCCCAUCCCCGCCGAAUAUGACAUGGGCAACCUGUUGGUCAUGAACCCCAACCCCCUCCCCCCAACAUCCCCCUCAUCCCUCGAACAAACCCUCCUCCAAACAACCCGCGACGGGGCUCAGCUCCUCAUCAACCAAAUCCUCUCCCUCCCCAUGUCCGCAACCCAAGACGGCGUCUUCGCCGCCCUCCCCGACGCCGUCACCCUCCUCCCCCGCGAAAAACCCCUACCGAAGCCAAAGGAAGAAACACGAUGGGAACGAUUCGCCCGCCAAAAGGGUAUCGCGCCCAAGAAGCGCGAGGGUAAGAUGGUAUAUGAUGAGGCGACUGGGGAAUGGGUUCCGAAGUGGGGGUACGGGGGUAAGAACAAGGAUUCGGAGAAUGAUUGGCUUGUGGAGGUCAAUGAGAAGACGCCGGGGGGUGAGGGUGGGGAUGAUGUGAGGGGUGCGGUUAGGAAGGAGAGGAAGGAGAGGGUCAAGAAGAAUGAGAUGCAGCAGGAGAGGAACAUGAGAGAGGGUGCGGCGAAGGCCAAGGCUGCUGGACGGGUGGAGAAGGGAGGAAGGACUUCGAGAAGAAAGUAG